AUGCCACUUAUCAACGGUGAGCGCUUUGAAAAAGUCAAACCACCUGACUCAUUGAAUCCGGAUGAUGAGGUGUUUUUCUGCCCAGCAACUUUGGAGAUUUUUACGGACUACGAUGAGUAUUUCGAACGAACGAUUCUGGUGAACAGUAUCGCGUGGCAUUGUGCGUUAUGUGGUCGUGGACCCAUCACUUAUUUGGAAGCUGUGCAGUGCGAGGACACAGAUUCUCGUCAGUUGAGCACCUACGAUUCUUCUCUGGCGGCUGGCUUGUUGCAUAUCAUUCGGGCGGCAAAAUGUAGGCGACUAGCCGAUCUAGUUGAACUUCUCUGCAGCUUUGUCACAAAUCGAUUUUUUAUUGGAGAAUUAAUAGAAUUCCCGAUGAACAAGUAA